AUGGCACCCCCCACCAAGGCCCAAAUAACCCGCCUCUUCGCCCCGCUGGCCGUCCAAGGCCGCCAGCCCGAGACCCUGGCCCUGCUCGCCGACAACGUCGACUGGACCAUCUGCGGCAACUCACCCAUGUCGGCACGCUACACCUCGAAGCAGGACUUCAUGGAGAACACGUUGAAGGUGCUCCGCGAGAGGGUCUUGACGGAGCCGCUGAGGCUGCAGGUCCGGAAUGUUGUUGUGUCGGGGGGCGGAGAAAGCGAAGGUCAAGGGGAAGGGAAGGACGAGGAGAUUGACGGGGACGCGGUGGUUGAGUUGGAGGCUUUGGAUGCGUGGUGCAAGAACGGCCUCGCCUACGAUAUGCGCUACUGCUGGGUCUGCAAGUUUGCGGCUGGCAAGAUCGUCCAGGUGCGCGCAUACAUCGACACCGAUCUGUUGACGAGGGCCAUGCAGCAGAAUCCGUGA